AUGGAUGGUUUAAUUCACGCGGCAUUGGAAGCAGAGGUAAUACUUAACCGAGUUAAACAUGCAAAUUCAAACUUAACGCAAUUGGACAGUGGUGUUCCUAGCCAUAAAAUGACUUGGAGCCAUGAAAAAAUGCACCUAGCAGAAACUGUUGAUGAUGGAAGGAUGAAGUUUCAAAGGAAUUCUACCGUUUUGGCAUCUACUAAGCAAGAAAAAUUUGAUUUAUUUAAAAAGCUUCAUGAGUUGUACAAUGAAUUAAGUAGAGAUGAAGCGUCACAAAUAAGUUAUCAAGGACUUAAAACUACAUCAUAUUUGUUGGAAAAGUUAUUAGCAACAUAUAAUCUCAAUACAUUAAUAAUAAACUUAUAUCCAGGGAAUAAAGGCUACUCGUUAUCUCUUAAAGUAAAUGGCAAUACACAGUAUCUACAACCUCCAGAUGUAAGUAUAUCAAGUCAAGAAGAGACUUUAAUAGAAACACCUCGAUGGCCAUAUGAGGAGGAAGAGUUGCUAAGCUAUAUAGAUAAUGAAGAGUUACCAGUGAUCCUCCUUGACCUCUUAGAGUCUGAACACUCAUCACUGUUUUAUUCUGGUUGCAUAAUCGCUCAAAUAAGGGACUAUCGGCAGGCAUAUCCUAGUUUUAUGUGUGAUACACAUCAUGUUUUAUUACGACCUACUAAUCAGAGUAUAAUAACGGACGCAAUGUGCAUCGGGGGUCGGUGUGGUUGGGCGGCCGAAGAGAGAGGGGCCCUUGAGGCGGUGGAGGCGGCCCUGGUGCAUGCGGCGGCGCCUCCUCUCUGCUUGGACCCCAGGCCGGCGGUGGGAAUUCUGGCGGCGCGCCUCCACGCCGCCCCGCGACUUUUCAACACGCCCAGGAUACGACGGCAAGCGAGGCGAUUUUCACAGGUAGCAGUAAAUAGGAAAAGAAAACUGGACCAAUUCACACACCAUCAUGGGCUGGAGUUACUUGAAUUGAUUCAUAGACAAAGAGCUAAGAAUAGCAGGCAGUCUGUGCCACUAACUAGGCUUACUUCAAAAUAUCCCAAGAAACCACCAGAGGUGUUCAAGCCGAUCGAGCCGCCGCGCGCGGAGGCAGUGCCGCUCGCGCCGCCGUCGGAGGCGGGCGGGCCGCUGCGGCUGGCGCGCGCCUACGAGCGGCCGCGGCCCACGUCCGACUGCCAGCCGCAGCUGGUGGAGGAGUACGUGCUGGAGACGGAGCGCGGCGCGCAGCACCCGGCCGGCGGCUGCUUCCACAUCAAGCUCUCGAUACUGCAGCGGCCCUCCGACCAGGAGUUCCUCGGCGAGCUCUACGUGGACCGCGACCACGUCGAGGGCGAGAGGAACGGAGCCGCGUGCCGCUUCACCUUAGGAUCGAGACUCCAGGCGAAUAAGUAUAUACAACAGUUCACGGAGAUUUUCACAGAAGAAGGUCGCAAGUCAGUCAGGAUAAAGCACAUCGUGCCUGGACAAUUACCCAGGGUGUCCUUCACCGGUGGCAUGAGGGAGAUGGGCCAGCAGUUACUUCUGCAGCAGAGGUCUGCCGCCGCGAAUAGCUCCACUGUCCAGACGCAUUCGACCGCGGUCCCUGUAAUGACUUCCGCAAUUGCCCCCACUCCUAAUGCACACACAAACGCGCGGCAGCUUCCAAUUCUGCAGGCCCAGUUGCAGCAAGUUGGCAACGUGGGGGGCGUCUCGAGCGGCGCUGUCGUCGGUGCAGUGGGGAGUGUGGGCAAUAUGGGCAAUCUGGGCAAUAUAGGCAGUGUGGGCAAUGUGGCGGCUGUAGGGGCCGUUCCCGCUGCGGGCAGCGUGGGAAGUGUGGCGAGCGUGGGUAACGUGGGCAGCGUGACAAACGUGGGCAACGUGGGCGUCGUGCCGGCAGUUGCCAACGUUGCGGCCGCAGCUGGUGUGGUGGCUGAAGCCGCCCUCAAGCAGCAACCUUCACCGACAACGCCCCGCCUCUCUCCACAAGUCCACGACAUCCAUUCGACGCAGGCGUCCACCAACCAACUGCUAGCCCAGCAGUUGACCAACCCGCCGCAGCCCCUCAACCCACAGAAGAUGCAGUCGACCAUCAUCCAUAUACAGCAUCCUCUCAUGUCCUCAGCGGGGACUUCCCAGGUGCAAAACAUCCAAUACACGAACACCUCAACGACGCAGCAGAAAGCCACCGUCACCAAACCGCGCACGACGAAUCCCGCCAUCAGCGCUCUUGUCACCAGCCUUAUGAACUCUGCGCAGCAGUUCCAGCAAGCGGCGAGCCAGAACGCGGCGAAAGCGGCCGUCAGCACGCCGAGCAGCAACGCCACCAUCCUCAACCUGCUGAACAGCGCGCCGGCCGCGAUGACGCACGCCGCGCACGCGACUCACGCGACUCACGCAACUCACGCAACUCACGCGACUCACGCGACUCACGCGACUCACGCAACUCACGCGACUCACGCGACUCACGCGAGUCACGCGACUCACAGCGCCGCAGCGGACGGCGUCGACGCGCACAAACUGCUCGGCAGGACGGUGUCGAUAUCGGGCGCCCGGCUGCUGUCCACUACCACCGCGUCGGCGGUGCCUACGUACACGCAGCAGGGUCUGAGCUUGACGUCGCUGCAGGGUUUGCAGAGUCUGCAGGGGCUGCAGGGUCUGCAGAACGUGCAGGUGCAGAUCCCCGGCCUGUCGGCGCCGAUCUCGCUCUCGCUGAACGUGUCCGGGGCGCCCAGCGGGCUGCUGGUGUCGGUACCACCCACCACCUCGGUGGUGCUCACCAACCAGCCCUCGGUGCUUUCACUGCCAAUCGCGCAACUGAUGCCCGGCGGCGUGAAGGGGUCGGUGCGGGGCGGGGCGGUGCAGGUGGUGCGGGGCGCGAGGCCGGCGCGCCUGGUGCGCCCCGCCCCCGCUCCCGCCCCCGCCCCGGCGCCCUCGCCCUCGCCCGCCGCGCCCCGCGCCCCCAUCGCUCCCCACGUCGUCGCCGCGCCCACAGGUGAGCUGUCGCGCCCUCUUUUUCCCACUUCCCCCUACCAAGCUCUCAUUCUCCCUCCCUAUCAUUCCAUUCCACCUUUCCCCGCGGCGCGUGCUCGCCUGCUCCGCCGCUGCCGUGCUGUCCACAGAAGAACUAUCCACGCUUCACUUUCCCACUCCUACCAUAUCCCCUCUCACCCACCCUCUCAUUCCUUUCUCCCUCUUUCCGUGUCCCGCGCCUUGCUCGUCUACCACGGCGCCACUGCGCUGCCCAUAGCGAAGCUACCCCUCCGCCUCUCUUUCCCACACUCCCUUUCAUAUCACCUCCCUCCCUAUUAUUUUCGACAUUUCCCGCGCCCCGUGCCGUGCUCAUCUACUACACCGCUGCCCUGCUGUCCACAGGUGAACUACCCAUGCCUCUCUUUCCAACUCCCCUCUUCCAUAUCACCUCUCUCCCUCCCUUUCAUUCCUUUCCACCAUUUUUCGCGCCUCGCGCAGCACCCCCACGCCGCCGUCGCCUCGCCCACUCCGGUCGCGCAACAGUUCAUCACACAAACGCAGUCGCAGAGUCUGAACGCGCACCAAGUGCGGCGGAAAUCGAACCCGGAGAGCUCU